GUUCUUCUUACUAUAAACUGUACCAAAGUUAGCCUUUAUGUGAAUGCAAAUGUAGCUACUGUGAGUUGCAAAGUUUUACGGGGCGUAAAUGUCCGCUAGACGCAGAAAGAGGUAGAAUGAUAAAAGUGAUCCUAUUGCUAUGUUGCAUUCAGUCAAGUUAUUUUGCAUAUCCCUUCGAGAAAAUUGAAAAUGAAACUGGGGAAUCUCUUUCAGAGAAUGAACAUUCUUCAUUGGAUUUCAUAGAAAAAGCAGACGCAUCCAGAAGAGAUGAUAAAGCUUUCCUACUACUAUCCACUUUUCCAUCGAAAAGAGAAAUAAAUCAAAACAGUUCUGUUUUAAGCUUCAGAAGAUCUCUUACGAUGAGACAUGAGUCUGAAUCAAAUAAUUCUUUCAAUCAAAAUGAAAUAAAUGGGAACAUGACCGAGAAGCCUUUUGAGCACCCCAUGCAAGGGAAACUGGAAAUAGGGUUAUACGUGAAGGGUAAUUUAAACGAAAUCAACACUAUAAGCCCAAAUAAAACUAAUACACAAAACACUCUAAUUUUCCAAAAUAGCCAUUUCGGGAGAUUUGCAAAACGAGAAGCGGUUGCCCCUGCAGUGCUUCAUGGGGAAGAGCCUGGUAUUUCUUCACAAAGACGUCACUAUUCAGAGGAGGAAAAUUCCGGCUCAUCGAAGAAUAAAAUUAGUAAUAGGAAACCAAUUGUGAGAAAAAUGUCUGUGAAUAAACCCGCCAUCAAACAUGAAUCCACGUAUGAUGUGAAAGGCUAUAAUAGAAACAAUAAGUAUUUUCAUACUCCUCGAAAUCAUAGUCCUGAAACUCUGAAUAAUCGUAAAAACAAUAAAAAACAAUAUUUACCUGAACCUUUCCACCCUUAUCGAAAUGUAAUCACUAAUAAAGUGGAUAGAAAAAUAAAAGAAGAAAAAUUUCGAAAAUUUCAGCGGAAGCCGCUUGGUGUUUCAAACCAAGGACGUGUUUUGCCUCCCAAUGAUGAUGAAGGAAAUAUUGCAGAAAUGAAAUAUUACGAAAGAGAUUCUGAAUUUAAGAGUGAUAAAUUAAAAUCUGAAAUAAAACUAAAUUCCUUGGAUUCUCGAAAAACAGCAAAUUUAUUACCUCAUGCAAAACUUCAGGAAUACUUUCUACCCCUUGAAAACUCUAAUAAUGAUUUGUCACCUCAUGAAAAACCACAUGCAGAUAAAUCACCUCAUGAAAACUCUCUUGAAGAUUUAUCAUCCCGUGGAGAUUUGCAAUCUCAAGUAAAGCUUCAGGAGGAAUUACCCUCUCACAAAAAGCUUAAUAAUAAUUUAAAACUUCACAAAAAUCCUCAAGAAGAUUUGAAAUCUCACGAAGAACCUCAUGAUAAUGAUCUGCUAACUCAAGGAAAACCUCACGAAGAACAUCAGGAUGAUCUGCUACCUAAACUGAAUCCCCAUGACAAUUUAUCCUCUGGUGGAAAAUUUCGUGUAGAUUUUCCAUCUAAUGGUAAAUUUCAUGAAGAUAUUUCACUUUAUAAAAAAUCUCAUGAACCUUUAUCUGCUUAUGAUAAUCCUUACAAAGAUGUUUCGUCUCACAAAAAUUUGUCACCUAAUGAGAAAUCUCAUGAAUAUUUACCAGCUCAUGAAAAAACCCAGAAUGCUAUGAAACCGGAACCUAAAGUUAGAUUUCAGACAGUCCAUUCGCAUACUUCUUCAAUGGGUGGUAGUUAUACAGAAGAUGAGCAACAAUCAGACAGCUAUGAUGAGAGCGUUGACUAUCCAGCUAGAAAGCCAGAAUUUAAUGAAGAUGAAAGUUUUAGCCAGUUCAGUUUUUACCAAGAUAACAGACGUAGUCGGCAAUCAGCAAAUAACGCAAAUGUUAAAUCUGAAAAUGUGACCCAAAAUAACUAUUCUAUUGAUGUAUUUGAUAGCGAUUAUGAUGACAAGAAUUCUAACAAGUCAUUGGAUUUUGUAACUGAUGUCACUGAAUUUGAGAUCAAGGAAAUGAGUUCUAGCGUAAUUUCAGAGGAUAACAGAAAAAAUGAGAAAUUUAAAGUUCAAAUUUCAAACUCAUAUGAACCUUUAAGCAAUAAUGUAAGCCUAAAUAAAUUGCAAAAUAAAGAUGUUAGCAUUUAUAGGAAUGAUAAUUUAGGCAAAAAUAACUCGAAUGCCAUGCCUUUAUCAGAUGUAUCACAUGACGAUAUGUUAUAUGAUAAAAUAGCAAAGUUACCUUCAGCUUCGAAAGUAGUAAGUACUCAUAGAUACUCAGAUACUCUAUUUACUCAAGCGCAUUCCCUUCGAAGAAAUUCUAUGGCAAUAUUCGAUACAAAAGAUAAAAAUUACAUUCGAUACCCAAAACAUGCAAGCUCUAUAAAAGACAGAAGCUAUAACGAUGAUGAAUUUUUUAAUCAGAACAGGCGUGAAAUGUUUUCAGAUUCAAAACCUAAAGAUUUCUCUCCACUUUCAAGCUACCAACAAGAUGACUAUAAGCUUAAAUUUGAAGACAGCAUGGAUGAUGUCAACGAACCUUCAUAUCAAAAUAAUGAAAUGACUGAUUUCAAUGAUGCUUCAUAUCAAAAUGACCAAAUUACUGAUAUCAAUGAACCUUCGUAUCAAACAGACCAGAUGGCUGAUAUUAAUGAAUCCUCAUAUCAGUAUGACGAAAUGACUGAUGCCAAUGAGCCUUCAUAUCAAAAUCAAAUAACUGACAUCAAUGAACCUUCAAAUCAAAAUGAUCAAAUGUUUGAUGCCAGUGAACCUUCAUACCAGUUUGACCAAACGACUGAUGUCGAUGAACCUUCAUAUCGAAAUGACCAAAUGAAUGAUGUCAAUGAACCUUCAUAUCAAAAUGAACAAAACUCUGUAAAGCAAAUACAUGAAGAUUACUAUGUAAAAAAUUCAAAUGAUGAAGAUCCAGGUUUUGUCAACAGGCCGUUAGGUAUUAGAAAAGCAUCUUAUGAUGAAUCGAGUGAAUUUCCUAGGAAAUCGGAUCAACCUUCUUUCGGGAAUGAUGAAGAAGAUAUUAUAACUUAUAAUAACCAGAACAAAGGAAUUAAACGUAAUUUUCCAAAAUAUCAAAUAAAUGCUAGGAUAGACCGAGAAUUUGAAACGUACUCUUUGCCGCGUCAAAAAAUGAAGCUGAAACGUCACCUACAAGACGGAAUUCUCAACAAAGACGGAAAAAUCUCAAAAAUGGUGGAAGAUAUGGGAGAAAAGGAGAGUGUGGUGAAUAAUCAAGAUCUUCUAACAAAUAAAACAAUGGAUGAUAUAAGCACAAAGAAUCCUUUACCAUCUCAGAAAAGUGAUAAAAUCCAGAAGAGGGCGAACAGUAUUCCGGAGAUGGAUAAAAAGAUAUCGAGAAUAAUAGAGGACAAUAAGUCAAAGAAAACUAUUGUUCAAGGAGAAAAUUUGCUCAAAGAAACCGAUAUUGUUGAGAACGAAAAGCAAAGGCUUCUUAAUCAAAUUCGUUUCAAAGGCGAGCACUUGCCGGAAAAUGAUUUUAACAACAGAUUAAUUAGUAAUGGUGUUCAGAUUGAAACUGGAAAGAGUCCUAUGAAUGCAAUAAAUUUCUUUCAAUAUGAAUCUGAUGUUAAAACUGCUGGAAAUUUUGCAAAUGAUUCUCAAGCAUCUCUUUCUUUUCAAACAAAUGCAUAUUUUCCAUUUGAACAAAAAGGUAAUCGUCUAAAUACGAACAAUAACUACAUAAACCAAAAUAUCGAUAAUAAUUUUGAAAAUCCAACAGCUAUGGAAAAUUUUGCGACACUUGGUGAAAACGAAUACAAAAACUUUGAAAAUAUUUCUCAAGCUUAUGGGAAAGUGAUGGACAAAUAUAAAGCUCUCUUAAAUGCAAAAGGUUCCCCUUUUAUAAAGAUCUCUGGAGAGAAUAAGUACUUGACUACAAUAUCACCUUGGAUUUUCUCCAAUAUUCAUUAUAAGGAAUCGUUGUUGAAUAAUAACAGAAACUUCUACAAACCGGUGGAGGAAAUUCCAGAUUCUGAAGCGAAAUAUAAAGACUUACCAAAUCCAGUUGAUAAGUCCGCAGAAAAUUUAAACGGUAGAUAUGUAUUUUAUGAAAAUAUUGCUUCUCCUCCGCUUCAAAGUUUGAAUUUAAAUAAAGAACAACAAUCAUAUCCUGAAAGUAUAGUAACACCCAUUCUUGAGAGCUCUGUUUUAAUGAGCGAUGAGGAAGGGCUCCAAAAAUAUAUCGCAACUCAACUUGAAAAGUCAAAUACGAAAAAUGGCGAGGGGUUGAUUCCGGAAUACCCAUCACCACCUUAUGGACAUCAAGAAAACGAAGGAAACUUACUUACAGAAAGUGCAUUAGGUGGACGUCUUCAAGAUCUAUAUUCAAAAAGCGGACACGAAAAUGUCAUAGAACCAGCAUUUCAAGAACCUCAUUUUAAUAAUGAUCAAAAAAUAGUUUCAGUACCUGCACUGCAAAAAGUAAAACCAGAACUCCCUGGAACCACUCCAGGGCAAAACGUGCAUUUGCAAAAUGGAUGGGUAAUGAUACCGGGAAGCGGUGUAACAUUAGGACUUCCCAAAUCAAAUUUAAUGAAAGGAGGUAAUAUGGUCCCAGACAGCAUAGGAGCCACUCGAUUUCAUACGCUUGUAAAUGACCAUCAAGAAAUAACCCCUGAAAAUAUUGCGACACAAAAUGUCCAGGCACCCUUGCCUAACAGUCGAAUAACAACACAAUAUCCGAGAUUCAAUAAAUCGAAUAGCAAACCUUCUGAUAGCCAUUAUUUUCAAAUUUCAGAAUACGCAACACGUCAUUUUGUUCAGGAACCUAAACCGAUGGAAAAUUUUGCAAAGCAAGAAACUAUAGUCAGAAAGACCAGUACACUCUUCCGUAACAAAGGCACUUUGAAAAACGAAACUUCUCGAGUUGUUGGAGAGAGGAAAACUGAAAUUUCUGACGACCAGCAAACUUUCCAUGAAAUGAUAAUGAAACAAAAAGAUGAGAAAAAGUACUUAGAUGGAGAUAAUGAUGAACAUUUUGCAAAUUCUAACGAAAAUUUGAAAUCUGGAUUCCGAUAUGGUCUCCCUCGUAAAUUUCCGGAAAAUAUGAGUAAAUUUAAGGCCAAUAUGCUUGCUAAGUUUCCAGUAAAAGUUUCAGAAAGAGGAAAGGGACUCAGUGUUCCUUCAAAGCCAUCUCUAUCAGGAUAUGAGAAAUCACUUCCAAGGGAUAAAGCUAAUAUGACUCCAUUAUCCACCAAAACAGAGGAUAACGUUGAACACUUAGAUAGUUAUUCAAUAUCGCCCAAGUCGUUUCAAACACGACUUACCUUAGCGCAUCAAAUACCUUAUUCAAAAUUUAAAGACAGAAAAAGUACAGCUUAUAAUCUUGAAGGAGGCAGUAAUUCUGGAACAAACAAUGGCAAAAACUUUAAAAUGUAUUCUAAAUUUCAGCCUCCGUAUGUGAGAUUAAAAUCAAGUUUAAAAGGGAAAGAUAGCAUAGAUCAAAAUUACUAUAACAAUCAUAAUUUUCGAAAACAGAUACCAAAUAAGCCAGCGAUUUCAAAGACGUUGAAAGGGCAAUUUAAUCCUAAACUGCAAGCAUCCAAAUUGAAACCAGACCUUUCAAAUAAUAAAAGAGGUUUUGAUACUUCUCUAGCAAACCGUAAUUCUGCUGACAGUUUGUAUCGCGGCCGAAAAUUUCAAAAUACCUUUAGAAAAAGGCCUAUGAUUGAGUAUCCGACUUUGUAUGAAGCUCCGUUUAAAGGAAAUGAUGUACAAAAUGGGGACGAUUAUUAUUAUUUCCCUGAAGAAUACUAUUUCGAUAAUUAUGAUGCGGACUCAGAUUUUGGCCCUAGCUCUUCUGUCGGCCUCACCAAUGAUUAUGAUGCAUUCCUCAACCAAGAUUAUGAAAUAGGAAACGAUUUAGAAAAUAAUGGUAUUAAUGUAGACAAUGGUAAAUAUAGCGAAAAGGAAAUACAUAAUGCAAUAAAUGAGGAACUUCGUCAUGCAAAUGAAAACUUAUACGACGAUAUUCAACGGAAUCUUCGCAGUCACCAAUCCAAUAAUAGCAUUUCUAGAAGAAAUGAUUCAUAUAACUUCAUGAAAUAUCAGGAUACGAAUGGAAAUUCGAAUCAUACUUUAGCUGCUGAUACAGAGCUCAUAAAUUCUACUGACCGGAGAGAACAGGUACAAGUGAAAGAAGAGAAUGCAAAUAUAAUGGAAAACCAGUUUCUUGAAGCAAAUUUGACGAAUAAAGGUGAAGACGGAGUUCAUUCAGCUUUGAAAGAGAGAAGUACAGUCCAUAGCCACGAAUAUUUUUCUGAUAGAAAUAAAUAUCUAGAUACAACAAAGUCUUUUGAAACAGAAAUGAGUAAUUUUACCAUGACAUCUUUGCCACCUGAGGAAGGAUAUGCCCUGAGGAAGGAUGUGCGCCCUGAUGAAGGAUAUCCCAUUUACACCAAACACGUAGAAACUACGACUAUUGGAUCAAAACGAUACACAGAUUUCCUCCAGAUUCGUGAAGUGAGGCGGUCACCUAGACAUCAUCGACAUUAUCGAUUAAGACCUCCACUGCAUGGAGAUACAUUAUAAAUCUUUGAAACUGUGAAUGGAAAUUCAAAAGUGUAUGAAGAUAUUUAAAAAAAAGCUUAAUGCUUUUAUGUUAAGACACUUCACUUUAGUUUACAUUUGUAUUUAUCAGAAAAUGAUUCCACAUCAUAUUUAAUUUGUGUAAUUUAUAAAUAAUUAGAAUUGCAUUGCUAUCUUCAUCACAUCAAGCUAAAUAUUUUGAUUUCAAAUAAAAUUCAAUUUCGGUGUUUCUCAAUGACCUUUUUUAUUGCGUUCAUUGAAUGUAUUACAGGAAAAGGUUCAUAUUAUGAUUGUCUGAACAAUGCACGUGUUAAAAAUAGGAUGGCUUCAAAAGAUAAAUAAAAAUGUCUGAAAUUGUACUAAUCUAUUUAGCAGAUAAAUAAAAUUUCAUACAAAUCUAUGCCGAAGGUGCUGUUUCGAGAUCAAACUCGUUUUCGUCUACGGUAUAUUAACAAAAGAGCUUUGGGGAAUUUAGAACAUGCAUAACUAUUAAGACUUCUUGCUUUUAAGAUGUCUUCAUGAUGAUAGGGAUUAAUUAGGUUACGUUACGUUAGGAUAUGGUAGGCUAUCUGAAUAUAGCAAAGCCAUGAGCGCUAGCCUAAAACCGCUAUCACGUUUACUAUUGCUACCGGAACACAGCGUCGAAAGAAACAUUUCUCAGAGCCUCCAUUUCCGCGAAACCUACGUAACUGGGUUACCAUCUUCACUUGGUAAAAGCUUGAAAGCCAAAUAGGAAUCAGUUAUCGCUCAGAUUGGCGAAAGAGACGUUUGCUUU